GUUUUAGUGGUGUUUAUGAGUAUUAGACAUGCUGUGAUCAUGUAUUAGAGGUGUACACGGUGAUGUCACUGGUCUGCGGACAUCUCCACACUGUCACUUUAAUUUCAGUGCAGUCCAGGGGGCAGGAUCGUGAGGUUUUCCUUCUCUCGGACUCGGAGUGUUUGCACCAACCACAGCAGCAGCAGCACAUUGAAUGAAGUGUGUUUGCAGGCUGCUGGCCACACGGAGGACACCGUGCUGCUGGCCUGUUCAAGAUGCCACAGAUGUACAGCCAGAAUGCAUCAUGUUUUUUUUAGCUGUUGAGAGGGCGGACUUGAGCCUCGCCACAUUUCUCCAGUAGCCUCCUUUUUUCUCAGAAAGCUGCAGCAGGGCCUUGAGAGAAAGCAAAAUCCGCCUUGAUGGUAUCUGGACAGCAGCAGCGCACUGCACAGACGACUGGCAGCUCUCUGCACGGAUGAUAAAGAACUUGGGAAAGGAAAUGGUCAAGAUGGCAGCUGUGUGCGGAGUGAUAAAGCUGAUGUGGUGGCAUUAGGUGUAGUAUUCUCUCAUUUUCUUUGGCAUGCACGUCGCAGGAUCGCGGCGCAGGACGCGGGCGCUUGUAAAGGAACGCUGUUUGGAUUCCUCCGAAGACUCCCCGCCGCCGCCUCCUAUCUUUAAACCCACAUUUCGCGAAAUUGCAAUGCAUGUUGGCGAGGGUGUGGGCUGUGCACGAGAAAAGGCAAUGUUUUGUUAAUGCUGGUCAGCUCCGAUCAGCUCCGUGUGCUGCGGAUAGACGCCUUGCAGGACAGAUAGACAGACACGUGCUGGGGACUGGGCUGCAGGCUGCUGGACAUUUGCAUACCGUGCAUAGUAAAUAAAGUGUCCCUGAAGCCUUCACGCGACAUUGAUGGAAUGCGACCUGAGUGAUUUUAUAACCCUUUGUGCUGCGACCGAGAUAUUGCGAGUAACAUGGCUGAGGCGCCGCGCGACGGCAACGAGCCUCCUUUAAACGUUGAGAUCGAUCCGGAUUUCGAGCCCCAGAAGCGGCCACGGUCCUGCACUUGGCCCCUUCCCCGUCCGGAGUCUGGUGCGGGCAAGCCCGGGACAAAUGACACUGACGUAAUCCCUGAAGAAGAGGAUGAUGAGGGUGGCAGCACUGAGAGCAGCGACGCGCAGAAAGCCAGCGGCGGCAUUGUUAAAUCCCGUGCGCAGAGCGGCAGCAGCUCCAUCUCCCAGCCUGUGGAGGUCCAGCGCGGCCACUGCAAGGAGGAGGCCGCCGAUGGCUCGCCUUCCUCGGCGCAGACCCCCGCCGCGGCUCUCGGUGGCUCUGCCUCCCAGCAGCUGAGGAAGUCCUCCGCCCGCAGGAACGCCUGGGGCAACUACUCCUAUGCAGACCUCAUUACCCAAGCCAUCGAGAGCUCCCCCGAGAAAAGGCUGACCUUGUCCCAAAUCUAUGACUGGAUGGUGAGGUCUGUGCCAUAUUUCAAGGACAAAGGCGACAGCAAUAGCUCUGCUGGCUGGAAGAAUUCCAUCCGACACAAUCUGUCCCUCCACAGUCGCUUUGUGAAAGUCCAGAAUGAAGGAACAGGAAAAAGCUCCUGGUGGAUGGUCAACCCAGAAGGUGGGAAAGGAGGCAAAGCUCCCCGCCGACGGGCCGUAUCGAUGGAUAACAGCAAGUACAUCAAAGGAGCCCGAGGACGUGCCACCAAGAAGAAAGCCUCGCUGCAGGCAGCUCAAGACGGCAGCUCAGAGAGCUCCUCCAGCCUCUCCAAAUGGACAGGAAGUCCCACCUCCCGCAGCAGUGACGAGCUGGACGCCUGGACAGACUUCCGCUCCCGGACCAAUUCCAACGCCAGCACACUCAGCGGUCGACUGUCCCCGAUCCUGGCCAACCUGGAGCUGGAUGAGGUGCCUGAUGACGACUCGCCCCUCUCCCCAAUGUUGUACUCCAGCCCCAGCAGCAUGUCCCCGUCCACAGGGCCCACAGGGCUCUCUGACCUGGCAGGUACCAUGAACCUUAAUGACGGGCUCUCUGACAACCUGAUGGACGACCUUUUGGACAAUAUCAGCCUGACCGCAUCCCAGCAGCCUCCUCCUGGAGAGGAAGACAACGGAGCCAACGGUCAGGGGAGCUCAGUGUUUACCUUCAGCUGCUCAGGCAGCAGUCUGGGUAGCCCCUCUGGCAGCUACGGGCCUAACCCUCUUUUCAGCCCGCCGUCCAUCACAAGCCUGCGGCAGUCGCCCAUGCAGACCAUCCAGGAGAACAAGCAGACCACCUUCUCCUGCAUCUCGCAUUUCAGCGACCAUCAAACCCUGCAGGAUCUGCUCAGCCUGGACUCCCACAGCCACAGCAACGUCAUGCUCACCCAGUCUGACCCGCUGAUGUCGCAGGCCAGCACCGCCAUCGCCCUGCAGAACUCCCGCCGCAAUGCCAUGCUGCUCCGCAAAGACCACAUGUUGGUGAACCACACCAGUGUGGGUGAGGCCCAAAGCUCUUCAGUGCCUGGUUGGCAAGCUGGCUUGUCAACCUCUGACAAAGACGCCGGUCUCUCCGACGCCAAGCAGCCGCACCUGAAGUCUCCCAGCAAGAAUGCCUCUAUGCAGCUCGGCUCUGGCUUGUCCGGCCAGGACCGCUUUCCCGCUGAUCUGGACCUCGAUGUGUUCAACGGCAGUCUUGAGUGUGACAUGGACUCCAUCAUUCGCAAUGAACUGAUGGAUGCAGACUGCCUGGACCUCAGCUUCGACUCUCGCCUCACAUCCGCCCAAAACGCCAACAGGAAUUCAGGAAGCUUCUCCAGCUCAAAACAGACCUCCCCUCACAGCUGGGUCCCGAGCUGAGAUGCUCUGUCAAAGCUCAGCAUGGGCAAAAAAAGAAGUGGGGGAAAAUGUAAAUUGGGGUUCAUUGUCCUGCGUUGUGAAACUAGAGGGAAGAACGUCUGUAAACGUGUAUUCAUGUAGUAUUUUUUCCAUUAUUUUCAAUGUGAGGCAUUAAGUUUGGUACUGUAUUUUAAGUGUCUGAGACCCACAAUGGUGUCUUCACAGAGGAGGAAAAAAAAUCUUUAAAAAGACCAAUGCCUGGGCGGUGUAAACAACAGUAUUGACUGGAGUGGAAGUACAGGACGUUUUGUUAAAACUAUAUGAAAAGCAUCAACUCGUGUUAGUCUCAGGGAAUCACUCAUGCAGUAUCACAAACGUGAUACAUGAAACUGAAGAAGAAUUGUUUUCACCCUGCUUUCGCUCCUCUUUCUCACCCUUUCAUACCUAAACCGACAUUUUUGCCAAACCAGCUGUCAGCCUGUUGUGAGUGACAGCGUGUUUACAGAAAAAAGCUGCAGAGAAUGUUACAUUAUUACGUUCCAGUGGAGGAUACUUGACAAGCUUUUUUUAUUUUAAAGUUUCUUUGAGAGACGUAGCCUAAACGGACUAAAAGAUUUAAAAAGUGUUAAUGAAAAGCUUUUUUCUUUUUGUCCCAUUGAUGCACAGAGUCACGCACCAAAUAUCAAUCUGUAGAGGUUAAUAUGUUAUCAAGAUGUGAACUGAUCUACAUUGUGUGGUUUUUGUAUGUAAUGUUUUAUUUUUAUUUAGCGAGUUUUACCCUGUGAUUUUAGUGACAUUACUGUGAAUUCUGUUCCUUCUAAAGAGGUGCAUUACUGAAGUCUUGAUAAUAUGGUGUUUCUGCUGCAGAUCCCUUUUCACCAUCUUCCCUCCUCCUCUUCCUCCUCUUCCACUUACUGCAAUAUUGGAAGUACUGCUCAGUAUACAGAGUUUAGGACAGACUUAAGGACUGUGUUUAGCAAGAAACUCUAGCUCUAGUCGACACCAUUUACAUUAGCAAACACGUAUUUGGAUUAAAGUAACCACACUUAGAGACUCCAUAGCACUCAGCUACAAUAUUUUGGUGUUUGUUAAUUUGAAGGAGUUCUUGGUGCUAUAAAUAAGACGAUAGCAGAGAGUGGCUGCAGAUGGAGCAGCAUUUGUAGCCUCCCCUUUGUUAUCAGCACUAUAGCAGGUGCUGGGUCAAACGUGUUUCCAACCCUGUGCGAGGAGGUCGUAUAGUAUCUUAGAGCCAUUUUUGCCAUUUGAGAAAGAAACAACCACAGUAUUUUAAAUAUUGCCAAAACAUUUCUGCAUUUAAAUAAGUGGAAAUAAGAGGAUAUAUAGUGUAUGAAUAUUAGGAACCAGUGCUAUAAGGGCAAAAAAACAAAAAACAAAAAAAAAACAUCAACAUCAGCACAGUUUUUGUAGGAACGGCAGGAUGAACUUUUCUUAGUUUACAUUUUUCAUCAGCUGGAAACUGUCAAUUUUCACUGAAUUUGUCAUGUUGAAUGAAAUUUUAUUUAUUUUAUUUUCCAUGUGUAAAUAUUUUGUGCUUUUCCAUAUGACGUGUGGUCGAGCUGAGUAAAAGCACUUUUGUUCAAAUGGUCCGCUCAACAUUUUGACCACCUCAAUCGGGUAUUGAUCAAACGGCAAAUGGUGUCCUCCAUUUGGAGUUAUUGAGAAAAUCUAAAUGUUACAUCCUGUUGAUUUUAAAGGGACAGUUCACCCCAAAAUCAAGAAUACAUUUCCUUUUACCUGUAGUCCCUCCAGGAUUUCAUAGGC